CCAAACGUCCACCGGUAGAAGAAACCGCAUCAUUCCUGCAAAGUUUACUGGCUUCACAUGGACCCAAUUAUUUGGAAAAGCUCUUUGGCAGUAAGGCUCGUGAUGCCCUCUCCCCCUUGGGUGGUGUAGAAAAAGUGGCCAUUGCCUUAAGUGAAUCGCAAACGAUUGAAGAUUUCGGUGCAGCAUUGCAUUUAAUGAGAUCCGAUUUGGAACAUUUACGCUCUGUAUUUAUGGCCGUUGAAAAUGGCGACUUGGGUAUGCUGAAAUCAUUGGGCAUUAAAGAUUCUGAACUGGGUGAUGUGAAGUUCUUUUUGGAGAAAUUGGUUAAUACAGGUUUCUUAGAUUGAGUAGCACCAGAUCCGGCUUCUGGAUUUUAUUAUGCACAUGCCCAACCCAUUAAUCCAAGUUUUUAUUCAUAUUUAGGCACACCAUAUGAUAGCUACU